AUGAACAAUAUUUCGAUUGCAUUGAGAAGUUUUCUUCGUGGAAGACUCUCCUUUAUCCAAGACGAUUGUGUGCUCAAUCUUUCGUUUUCCUUUUCUAUAGUUCAAGAAACUCAAUUGUUUUCACAAGCUCAACCUAAAAGAAAUUUUCAAUCCCAACCACUCCGUCUAUUCGACGAGUCAACCGAUUCUUCUGAUGAAGGACCUGUUCAAGAGUCAUUUCAAGUGCCUGUAGUGGAACCAAAAGGAAAAAAAAAUGGAAAAGGGAAGGCUCCACGCAAAGGGUGGACGGAUAAUGAAGAGAGGGCACUAGCACAAGCAUGGCUAAAUGUGUCGAAGGAUCCGAAGACAGACGACGAUCAAGAUUCGACAACCUUCAAAGUUAGAGUUUGGCAUAGUUUUUGCCACCGAAUGAAAAAACAGUACCACAAUCCUAACCAACUUUACUUGAAACGGAGGACCACCAACAAAGCCUCAAUGAAGUUCAAAGGCAUCUACAUGAACACGAUCUGCAACCCCCAAAGCGGUGCAAAUGAGGUGGAUGUCUUAGCAAAAGUUCGUCAUAUUUACAAGACAAAAGUCGGAAAACCUUUUGAUAAUGAGGCGUUUUGGGGAGUUGUGAAGGACAAACCAAAAUAG